GGUUUCCUCGUCCCCGCGCCUCACGGCCACUCACUACGCACGGGGCUCCGCGUAGUGCCGCCGCCAGUCGCGCUGCGACCCGCACCGACGUCGCACCUUUUUCGCGUUUUGCUCGUGACGACGAUCUUAUGAUAUCAUUCAUGCUAAUCUCCGCCCGUUGAUUUUCCUGCCGAGUGACCGCAGUGAGACAGUCGCGAUAUCGCGAGUGCUGAAUGUUAGUGGACGUCUCGGCCGUGUAUUUUUCCAUCGGAAUACGAGCGUACUUACAAAACCAGUUCAGAGAGGAGGACGGCGCCUUCGGAUGAGAUCUCCGACCGAGAAUCGUCGUGACUCGCGGCCUGAGAUGCUGCGCCCGUGACCGUCUUGCGACAGUGCCACGAAACCUCGUCCAAUGAUCUCGGCGAGCCUCCCCGGCGAGGCGCUGGUCCAGCUGGGACAGCUGCAGCUGAGCCACCUUUAUCCACCACAAACCAUGACGCCGGAGUUCCUAGCACCACCGCCGCGCCCCUACCCGCGGUACGCGCCACGGCGGCCGCGAGACCCUAUGCCUGCGCCGCCGGCGCCUGCGCCUUUCGCACCCGUACCCAACGCAUACGCGCCUUUUCUCGCGCACCCGGCUUCCUACGCCUCAUACCUGUAUAGGGCGCGUGCGCCGCAACCUCCGGCGUAUCCUCUGCGUCCGCGACCGACGUCCGGCUUCGUGCCGCCGUCACCAGCGCCUCACUCACCACAUUCUCCACCAGUAUCGAUACCGGCGCCCCAACCUCCACCAAGAGAGGAACCUCCCACAUCUCCCGAGCGUGGCGCGCCUGCUCCGUAUUUCUGCCGGGGAGCACUAAUAAGGCUUGAGGACGGUACGCUGCGGCGCGUUGAGGAAAUGCGUACGGAGGACUUUGUGAUGAGCGCUGAACGUACUGGUGACCUCGCACUCACGCAGUGUACGUUACUGCGACUAGAUGAGCGCGGUGACCGCCUCGCGCUUACCCUUACAUAUGAUAGGAAUCGCUCACAGGUGGAGCUAGAAUCGACUGUAGAACAUCCAUUCUUCGUUUACGGACGCGGGUGGGCCUCGUGUAAACCGGAGCGCACUCUGGCAAGAUAUGGACUGCGAGUACAGAGGUUACAAGUUGGUGACGUGUGUGUGUCUCUAGUCGCACGUAAGCACACAACACCUACAACAACAGUGGGAACGAGUCUCGCAACGGCACCACCACAAACACAUCCAGAAAACCUCAGUGUGAAAGAGGAUGCACGCAAACGGCGUUGGUCCGCCUCUGACGUCUUGGAAGACGGUCCGCCUUUAAAAAAACGUUGAACGAUAAUUUUCGCCGUCGCUACGAAACAAAUUGAAUCUAAUUCACUGUUCAUUUAGAUUUAAGGCCUCGCCUUGAAAAUCUAAACUGUUUUAUAUUUAACACGAGGUUCGGGACUGAUACCGUAAUAGUAAAUAGUAAUCGCUUGUACCAUGCAAAUUGACCUAUAUAGAUAGAUCGCCCCAGCGAGCUAAGUUACGUUUGUACGAAAAGGUUUAAGGUUAAUAUGAAGUUUCUGCUGCGAUCGGCAAUCCACAAUUGUACGCUUAAUAUUCUAUUCGGAAACUAGGUGCUUUUUUCUGUCGGGUGCUUCUAUACGCAUUUGUGUACAAUACUGUAAAUAUAUAACAUAGGUCAACAUACACUAUAUAGCGUAAUGUCUCAAAGUUAUUGAAAACUACUCUAAAUGUAACUAGUACCAUCUUGUUAUCGAAAAGAAAUAACUCGUUAAAUAUCCUGAUAUAUUAUUAUAUUUUUGAAUAAACCUUAAAUAAGUAUUCGAAUGUAGAUUAUUAAAGAAAAAAGUACUGCUAAAUGUUUAGGAUGUUGCCAGUUACAGCGUGUGUAGUAAAAUCGUUAACGGUGUACGCUACACUUUUAAAAAGCUCUCGAUUAUGCUCAAUAGGUGCUAAUAAUUUUGCUACAAGAUACCUACAUAUAAACGUAGUGGAUAUAUAUCCAUUUUAAAAUAACUUAAAUCUAUGCAACCAAAGUUAUAUAAAACUUGCAUGAACUCUAAAAACAGGACAGUUCUAUGAUCAAAAUACAUAAUUAUACACCUGAAAUAGCAAAUCAAACUAAAUUAUGGUUCUUCUGCGAGGCAACCAAUUUACAUGAGCACAAAAGGAAAUAACUAACAGAUCUUUAUGUAGGUUAGAUAUUGUGAUAACUUAUGAGACUUAAAAUCUACCGUUACAGCAGUGCAUGUUUUAAACAAAAAAGGUACAAUGAACGCUGGGUCGUUAAUUAUAGUCGUGAUGUGCUUAAAUCUUAUUUGAUUGUAGUUUCGCGGGUUUCCUGGAUUUCGUUUCACGAGCAGUCAUGUUGGUUUCGUUGUUUCCAUGGUUGUGACUGCAGACAUAUCCGCACGCUGUGUCGUUACCUAUUUAUUGUCUCGCUCGAUAGAGCGGGCAUUCAUUAAAACAAAUAUUAAUUCGUUAAUUUAGAAUUUAGGUAUUUCGACGACUGUAGGUUCUCUGCUGAACUAAAUCUUCUGACAAAUAAUUUGAUGUUUAAUAUGAAUGUUGUUAAUACCAAUUAUAUAUUGUAUAAAGAAAUAUGUCUAAUGGUCAUGGUUUUUAGAUGCCAUCUCUAUUGGUUUUUGACGUCCAUGUGUGAUACACACAUAACUUUUCUAUGAGAAGAUGUAUACAUAAUAAACACGCCGUCUGUGAUAUUUUGUAGUUAUUGGUCAGAAUAGGUAUGAAGUAUUGCUUGAUUAAAAAUAUAUGUAUUUAGAAUUAUAAGUGCGUUAUUGGUAAGAAAAUGUAUAGUUAUUGUAUACUCGAAAGUAAUACGCAGAUUAACUAAAAAACUUAUAUAAAACAAGUAGAGUCUGUGAUUAAAUAUACAUAUAUCGUUAUAAAUUUAACGAAAAAAGUAUGGCCAUAUCAUUAUCAAAAUGAUUUUAUAUAUUAAGUAAUCAUGGUAAAGUUUUAACAAUUAUUUCUGCAAAUUAUGUUUUAUUUUGCAUUAAAUGAAAAAUAUUACAAUUUUUACACACCACAUUGAUCUUUUGUUGGGCAUAUUUAAGGGUUUUUGUUAAAUGCACUAGGAAUUCUAAAUUCCCUUGCAAUUAGUUUUACCCUUCGCCAAUUAGAAAUAAAUAAAAAAUAUAUGUAUAUAAAACACCGUAAUUUGCAACGACUCACAAAACCUUCCGUAACUUUAAAAAUCCAGCCAAAACAGCGUGGAAAAGGACGGUUAGAUAUUGAGAAAGUUUCAUUGUACCAUAAACUAUGACGUGCUUGUUAAUUGUAUGUUGAAGUAUAUUAACCGACCGUGUUAGCGUGUAAUGAGCAACGUCGGCGACGGACGGUGUUGUAAAAAUUAAAUUAAUAAUUUGUUGUAUAAUGUAUGUAAUUCUAGUUUUAUCGUCUUAUUAUUAUUAUUUGUAAUGUAAUGAAAGAUCUCAUUUUAUUAAUCGGUAUUUUCUAACAAGGCGCUUUCAUUAGAUCAUGACUAAGCCUACCUCACAAACUUUAAGACUCGGUGAGCGCUGUGACGUCACGGGACGCUUGAUCGACUCCCGCGCGAGUGACGUCACGCAAGCCAGUCGCUAUCAAGUCUAAGCAAGAUCUCAAUUUGAUGAAAAUAAACUUUUAAAAAGACUGGGACGCUUUACUGAAUGUUGUGGGAUAGUAGUUUCUUCGAAGAUAUUACUUAAAUUAUGAAGAUAGGAGCAUUUAUUUUGUAAACGGGCGCGCGACGCUCCGGUUUCGACAGGAUGGACAAUCGUUUAGUACAAAAUUCGUUACAAAAAGUAUUAUUUCCCAAAAUCCAAAUUCAAAAGUAUUAAUUUAUUUUUCAUUGAGAGGUGCUACGAGGUUAUCGAAGUUGUUAAAGCACAAUCGCGAAUGGUACGAAACUUUUAAGCUAAGUUUUAUCGUUGGAUGUAAUUUAAUAGUUAUUGGCACAAUCGAUGUUCUUCCGCGCCUUUGAUUAUAUUUAGUGCGUCAAUUAUAUUUAAAGCUGAAUUUGUGUGAUUCCCUGCAGUCAAAGCGUGGGCACCCAUUAAUUAAGUCAUUCCUUUGCACUUAUUUAUAAAAGUUUGUAGUUCUUCCUUCGUUUAGAUACAAAUUACGAAAUACACUUGCUAGGAAAGUAUUUUUAUUUCAUAAUUAACAAAUUGCUAAUAAUUAAGAAUAUAACAUAAUGCAAUUUAUCCAAGUUUAUUUGUGUAACGUGUUCCUAAUUAUUUCCAUUUCUUAAAAUAUAUUUGUACAGGAAUUUGGAUAAAAUAACAAUUUUUUAUCAAGGAUAACUUUUUUAAAUAUUUAAAAUUAAAAUGAUUAAAGAUAGCAUUAUGUUAUAUACAAUUUUCUUAGAAUUAUCCAUUUUAUAAACGAUGAUAUCCGCGUAAUUAAUAAUACCUCUACUUUCUACACUGGUUGCAUUGCAUACAUUUGCCUACUUGUAAUUAUCAAAUCAAAAUUGUUGUGUUAUAAGAAUUUAGGGUGCAUGAUUGGUUGAGUGGCUGUUUAAUUAGAAUUUAGUUACAAUGUAAUACAGUGAAUAACGAAAUAUAUGUAAUGUAAUUGUUUUCACGUUGCCAAUGUUAAGGAACGGCCAGUAAUGGUUACAAUUGUAAUAUUACUUUAGCAACACGAAUAGAAUAUAUUUUGACACAAAUGAUUGUGCCAUCCUUUACAGUCUUAUCAAUAUUCUAUAGAUUAUCAUUGUUUCUGGUAAGAUACUGACCAAAGAGGUUAGGCCUCAAUAUAUAUUUGAUAUUAUUUCAUCUUACCAUAAAUAAUUUUGUGAUAACAUAUUGAGAACAGAUUAUAUACUAAAAUAUAUUUAAAUGAAUUUACCAUCGAAUUCGCAACUAAGACCAAUCCUUGGACUCUGUUUUCAAUAUGUAUUAAAAUAGAGAAUGGGAAAUGUGUCAUUUAAAUAAUAGAUAAAUAAAUAUAAAUUGUUAUAUAAUUAUAUGACAAAUAUGGCAAAUAUUAUAUGUAUAUUUUAUUGUAUAGCGAAAUGAGUACUAUUUCAGAUUUAAUGUAAAUGAAAAAUGUUAUAAACCGAGAUAUGUUAAAACUAAGUUAACUGUUUGUAAAAAGAAAGAGAGAAUAUGUAUAAUUGAAUAUUUGCUA